UGAGGCUCUGGGCCUCAGCACGCAUGCCCCCGCGCGAUUGGUCCCGGACUGGCAGAGCCCGCCUCCCUCGGGGAGGACUCAACCCGGGCUCGCGGGUGGAAGGGCCGCGGCCUGCAGGGAACAUGGCGGCGGCGGACCUCGCCCAGAUCGCCGAUGUGGACAUCGAUUCCGACGGCGUCUUCAAGUACGUGCUGAUUCGAGUUCACUCGGCGCGACCCUCCGAGGCCCCGACCGGGGAGAGCAAGGAGAUCGUGCGCGGCUACAAGUGGGCCGAGUACCAUGCUGACAUCUAUGACAAGGUUUCGGGCGAGAUCCAGAAGAAGGGCUAUAGUUGUGAGUGCCUGGGAGGCGGGCGCAUCUCUCACCAGAGCCAGGACAAGAAGAUCCACGUGUACGGCUACUCCAUGGGUUAUGGUCGUGCCCAACACUCCAUCUCCACUGAGAAGAUCAAAGCCGCGUACCCUGAUUACGAGGUCACCUGGGCCGAUGAUGGCUACUGAGGCCUGCCCAAGGGGCCAGCUGUACCCCCCGGCCAGGACACCAGCCUGGCCCAAGUGCCCCCAGCUCACCUCACCCACAGGAAUUAAAAAUGUUAUCACCUGUGCUGUUGCCCAGA